UCUCAGCCUUCUUUGCUUCUUGUGGAAUGACCGAUGGAUCUAUCUACGUUGACCUUGGUCUCCCUUCAGCCCCAACCUCUGCCAGGCUGCUUCACCCCUCGCAAGGAUCAAGUGCCUCACCAAAUUCUCAGGGGCGGCAGACUGCUCUCUGGAUUGGAUGGGCUGGAAAUGUCAUCCUCGGGGUCACUGUGAUAGCCCUGAGUUUUCAGACAAGGACCCUUAUGAGUGAUCUCGAGAAAUCCCGUGUCGGUCAGAACAUGACUUCGCUGCAGCAAUUUUUCUGUAAGCCGCUUGAAAACAGCUCAGCAGAGAGCUCUAACUGCACAGUCUGCCCUGAGAACUGGUUCCGUUUCAAAAGCAAGUGCUACUGGUUCUCCAGUGUAACACGAAACUGGAACAAGAGCAAAGACGACUGCAGAGCAAAAGAUUCUCAAUUGUUGGUGAUACAGAAUCAAGAAGAAGUGGCCUUUAUACUGAGUAAUAGCCAAUCUCCACUGCUGUGGAUUGGAUUACAAGCCACACCUCCUGACUGGAAUUGGACCUGGGUGGACGGCUCCCCGUUAGAUGACAAACUGUUGAAAGACCUAGCUCCAGCUCAACAAAACCCCUGCGGGAGACUUAAUGAUAACAAAACUAUUUCUGAGACAUGUACUACUGUAUCCAAAUGGGUCUGCGAAAAGGAAGCUCUUCAAAUACCUACAAGGACCAGAGGCCAUUGAGUACCCCUGCUUCUUGCCCUCUCUGCCUGACCAAUUUAUUUUGAUCCAAUCAGCUGAGUAGUAUUGCCAGGUUUCGGGGAAUUGGUUUCUUCCCCUGUGGCAGUAAACAAAAGAUCAAAUGAAAGGAACAUCUUACCAGUUAGAAUUUUUAAUAACCCCAGCGAGAGACAACAGAACACAUCUCUCUAGAAUGGUGGUGCUCCCAAUUAAGGCUUACUCCCCUUCUGUCCCUAUUAAUCUAUGUCACUCCUAAAUCUUGUAACUUGAGCUCAUACCCUCUGUGCUUUGUUCUGCCACUUUCUCAGCUCUCCUUGACCUUGAGGAGAGUGGAUGGAUGCUUUCCAGAGAGAGUGAAUCUGUUAACCCUCUCUCUUCCAGUGUUUCGUCUCCUAGCUGUUCCCCAUCCAGUACCUGUUUCUCCGAAAAUAAGCCAUACCCCGAAAAUAAGCCAUAGUGAUAGGCAGUUUAACCUUGUAGGUUAAACUGUACCAUACUUAAUAAAAAAAAUAAGACAUCCCCUGAAAAUAAGCCACUAUGUUUUCUUUUGUUUUGAGGAAAAAAUAAAUAUAAGACAGUGUCUUAUUUUUGGAGAAACACGGUAUUUCCCAGCUUCUGCCUUCUGAACUAUGCCCCUCUGCAAACCACUGUUCCAAGUCUAUACCGUCCUCCUGCUCCUGGGAAGAUUCCGGAGCAGGAGCAGUGGGAGGGGGAGCUCCCACCAUUCCUCCUCAGUGCAGCCCUCCUCAGGAGGGUCCCUGACAAGUUUUGAUGUUGCCAGGCCGAAAUAAUAUGAGCUCCUACGAUGACAGGGGGUG